AUGUCGUCCAUCACCGGUUCUCUCGUGCGUCGAGGCACAGAGGCUGCCAUCGGCUCCUUCCAGAAGAAGCCCGACCAGCCAAAUGGAGGCCUCAUCGCUCUAUUCGCCAUCACCGCCGUGGUGUUUGGAUUGAUCUUUUGGAGCAUCGAAUACACCUAUGCAAUGGUCAUCGCCACCUUGGCCGCUGUCGAGGAUACAAACCCCGAUAUCUAUGUCCGGAUCUCCAAUCCCGACCCGACCAAGCCGAAUGACGAGGAGGCCGAGUUGGCAGUCUCUACUCCUCCCAAGCCCAUCACCAAUAAACUGCGCACAGCCAUGAAGCAUUUGCGCGACCGCGCGGGCUUCUGGUCCCGCUUCCGCGGAAUGGGCAUGUUCCUGUCUUACACUGCUAUGAACGGAUUCCUGUUCGCUUCCGUCCCCGUGAACGAGAACUCCCUCUUCUACCGGUUCAUUGUCCAGUCGGUCGUGAGCAUCGCCCUGGCCAAUUGGCAGAUGGCUUGGGUUCACAUCGUCAUCACCGAGCCCUCCCCGAAGCGCUUUUGGCAGCGCAUCCCCAGCUACAGGGAUUGGAUCAAGAUUGCCCCGGCUGCGGCCCUGGAGAAUGUGCUGAUGUCCGCUGCUUUCUUCUUGCCCAUGGCGCUGGUCCAAUUCCUCGGCUGGCUUGACCCGGUCAGUGACGAUGCCCCUCCCAUGGUCACUCUGUACCGCUUCAUGGGGGUGACUGUCAUCCCCACGGUUCUGUCCUUCCUCAUCUCCAUGCCUGCCCGCGUGAUCUUCAUCCGUGUGGCGGCCUCUAUGCUCCCGGAGGAGGAUGAGACUAUUGUGCCCUUCGACCGCUCCUUCGGCGGCAAGGUCAGCCCGGCCAUCACGGGUGGCAGUGGCAAGAUUGGGCUCUUGGAGGCCUGGACCACCUUUGACUGGGCUGCCCGUGUGCGCUUUGCCAAGGUAAUUGGUAAGACCUUUGCCAUUCAAGUGGCGCUGGGCGUCCUUGCCGCUUUGGUGCUUGGUGGUCAAGUCAUCCUGAUGUUCAAGACUGCCAAGCCUAACUCCGAUGCUCCUUACCAAAUCAGCUGGGAGUCUUGA